AUGCCCAAGAAGGGAGGAAAGAAGAAGAGCAAGGGCGGCGCAAAGCCCGCGGCCGUCGCUGCCAUCGACAAGGUCGCCGAUACUGCGAAGAGCGUCGUUCAUCCCAACCAGGAGGUCGAGGAUAACACUGUUCAUGAGAAUGGCCAGACCGAGGCCGCCGAGGCCGCCGAGACGCCAGAGGCUCCCGCCGCCGAGUCACAGGUGGCCGAUAGCACUGCACCCGCCGUGACCGAGACCAAGGAGGCUGAGAAGCCCGUGGAGACGGUCGCGGAGCCCACGGCAGCUGCAGAGCCCGUCGUAGAGGCGAAGGAGGAGGGCAGCGUGCAGGACGUCGUGGACAAGGCGCAGGCCUCCAAGGCCGGCCAGGUUGCUGAGGUGGAGAGCGAGAGCAAGGGCAAGGCCGUCCUCCCCACGACCGCCACCACGGAGUCUACCACCGCCGCCGACCUCUAUCCCUCCACCACCGAGACUGCCGCCGAAGAGUCCGCCACGUCGACUGCUGCGACCACCGGCGCCGCCGCGCCCACCUCCUCCCUGCCCGAGCGCCCCAAGACCGGCGAGUCGCCCACCGCCGCGGCUGUCGUGCCGGCCGCGACCCCGGGCGAAACCGAUGUCUCCCACUCCAAGCGUCCCUACGAGAAGCCCAUCUUCUCCAACGACGAGGUGAAGCCGCACAAGAUGGCCAAGACCGAGGAGGAGCAGGUGGCCGACCAGAUGGCUCUGGCCGGUGCUGGCCCGGCCUCGACCGCCGCGUACACGGCUCCCGAGCCCGAGCCCGUGCCCGAGCCCAAGACGCUCGAGGAACAGAAGACCGAGGAGAAGAAGCAGCCCGCUGCCGCCGAGGCGCCUAAGGCCUCGCCCGACGCCGUCGCUGCUGCUGCGGCCGCCAUCGGCUCGUCCAAGACCAACAAGGCCGCCACCGCCCCCACCGCCCCUAUUCCGGUCACCGAGGAGCCCAAGAAGCCCGAGCCCGCGGCGAAGCGUGGCGAGGCGCCCAAGGCCAAGGCUGACGUGCCCAAGGAGGCUCCCAAGGAGGCACCCAAGGAUACUGUAUCUCCUGCAGGCGAGGCGGCGAAGAAGAGCGACGAGGCCAAGGCCGAGCCGUCAGCAGAGGCACAGGCCGAAAAGAAGAAGGGCGGAUUCUUCGCUAAGCUCAAGCGCAUGUUCAAGUAA